UAACACUUUUCUUUUUUUAAGAGCGCGUACAAUUUGACCCAGUUGUGCAAUCCCCCCCUCGAACAAUGCAUUUAGAACAGGCUAUAAUAAAAUACUCCUUUACAGCCACAAUCAAAACAGAACAGCGACAGUUAUUUUUAUUGUACCGGUUGCUACUGUACUGUCGUGAUAGCUGUAUCUGUAUGGAGAUAACAUUAUGAUGUGUAUUCUGCAGCGUCCUAUUUACUGGAAAUUGAUGGAAGUUAACGACUAACUACAGUCUUGAAACACCCAAUUCACGCCAUUGACACGUGUGAAUUCAAAACACUUUAUUGAUGUUGUUAUUUGCAUGUGAUCUACUCAGAUUGGGUCAAACUCAUAUCUGACCUGUGGGUAGAGCUACAUCUCCUGUUGAUAUAGGGACUGGUACAUGUUUGCAGGGAUGGACUGACAUGGCAAAGCAGGAACAGGAGCGCUUUUGUGCCUCUCUUGGCUUGUUCAGCAGCCCUUCCCUCUCCUCAGACUAACGCAACAAGCCGAGCCCCUCAACGUAGAUAGAAUCGGGCACUAAGAUGCCAAAAAGCGACACCUGGCCAGGCGGCGUUGGAUCGGACCCGAUGACCGUGGGCAUGGACAGCGCCAGCAGCUGGGACAGCGUGCUCAGCGCCAACUCCCUCUUUAGCGACGACAGUAUGGAGCACCUGUCCGCCGAGGAGAAGGCCUGCCUCAUGUUUUUGGAGGAGACGAUCGAGUCUCUGGAUGCCGAGGAGGACAGCGGGCUGUCCAACGACGAACCGGACCGACUGCCCAGCCCCGGAGACCUCGCCAACAAGCUGACCAGUUUACACAAACACACGUCUCAGGAACCCCAACCGGACUUUGUCGACGCCAAGCCGAAGCAGAGCUGCCUGGUUCCUACGCCUCUCGUUGUGGCCAGCAGCUCUCCGGGUUCUGACAGAACCCUCAGCUACAAGCCUCACUUCACUCCUCCGAGCAACAAACCGGAUCUCCGCCAGAAGCCCGUCGCUCCCCGUGUCCCUCCAGAGGCUAACGUCGCGAUGCCGCCUCCCGUCAAGCCUCGGGACCACUCGGUUCGGAAAGCUGAAGGUCCGCCUGGAGGUCCUCUGUCCUACGAGGCGCUGGUCCAUCUGCGGAGGAGCGCCUCGGCGAAGAAGACGCCGCUCUGUCCCACACUGGAUCACACCGUCGACUUGGACCGGCGCCUCCCCGUCACAGCGGGAGGACCGAACCUCGGGCAUCCUCCGAGGUCCGACGGAUCCCACCCGGAGGCGUGUCGGUCCAAGACCGGUCCCCCGGUGGUUGGCCCCAAACCCAAAAGGAUUCCCGCCAGCAUGUCUGUGAGAAGACGAGACGAAGCAUCGGUGACCGCAGACCCUCCGCUCGGCACCAAGAAUGCAACGGACCCCCAGGGGGUCAGGCUGGAGGCUCUGCAGAAGUUGGGUCUCCUGAAGGACCGAGAGCCGGGAAAGGAGUCGGUAGCCCCGGUGCCGGCCGCGAAACCUCACUUCUCUUUGGACCCGAUGCCCAACCGCUUCACAAGAGGUCCACCUCACGUCAAUCCAUCGAGAAGCCCGUCGUCGUGUCACUCUCAGGGGCCCAAAAACAAGCCUCUGCAGAGCAGCGCCAGUUUCCAUCACGACUCCAGGAGCGACCAACAGUCUGCGACAUCCGACCCCGCGCCGUCCAACGGGACGAGGGCAACGGGUCUGGAGCGCUCCGCCACCCUGGACAACCACAAAAACGGUCAGCCGGCGCCCCGAAAACCAGAAAACCCAGUGGGCUAUACGGUGAUGGUGGCGCCCGGGAUGGGGGCGGAUCGAAAGGAGGCGCUGAGGAAGCUCGGGCUGCUCAGGGACUGAAGCAGGAAGGAGGAGUUCAGGAGGAGCGUCGGCUUCAGAGAGUUAGCGCGUCACCUGGGACCUCGGCACACGGCACUUUGGGCAAACAGGAGGAGCGGAAGAAGAGGAAGACUUUUAAAAAAGGGCAAGAACUGCACUUUUGAUAUGGGUAUCACGUACUCCAGGGCAUUUUGUUCUCCUGUUGGUUUAAAAAUCUGAUAAAUGCACCUUCCACAUCACACGUUUGAUUAAAAUGAUGUUAAUGUCAUCAGAAUCUCUCAUUAUGUCGGCCGCAACACAUUUAUGACUUAGUCAGCCGAAGAGUGCAAAUUAAUGGGCUGCUGAAUGUUUUAUAAUUUUUUGCAAACACAUUUAUGGCAAUAAAAGAAAAGGGUUGUCAGAUAAUGUAGAAAUAAGCCUGUAAUUGCACAGAAAUAACAUUUUACAUUCUGAAGCAAUCCAUAUUGUAGCUUUCCAUUAUUCUUUAUUAUACUGCACACGAGCAGCUCGCAUGUACUUCACUUAAAGGAAACGCCAACCCAAAUAAACUUUCACUGUCACAUAUUUAUGCCUUUAAGUGGAUUGUUGAGUACACUCCUUAUAGCAAAGCCUCAAACGAGAAGACCAUAAUUAUUACAAAACUAAUUCUGAAAGUGUUUUGGGGUGAUUCUGAAAGUGUUUUUUUUUAUUAUCUUUAGUAACAAUAAGCAGGAGUUAUUGAGGAUCUGAUGUAUCAAUAACUUCUGAUUUGUUUCUGCUACUUUUAUACAGAUGAUUGCCUUCACUGUCUAAAUGCUGGAGAUGUUCAACUAGAAGAACAAUGAUGUGAUUUCUAACCCACUAUUUACCAUCUCCAUGAGAAAAUAAAAAUGAGAUAUAAAUAUA